AGUCUGGGGCGGUGACGGGCCGCCCGCAGCAUCACCUAGCUCUGGAUCUGAAUCCUCUCUCUCCUCCCAGCCCAGCGCCGUCCAGUCCAACCCUCCCAGCGGAGACGCUGGGUUUCACCCCGUCCAGCCCUGCGGAAUUUGGAACCUCAUCAGCCCCACCCACUGCAUGUGGCUCCUGGAGAAAGCCGGCUACAGGAGAGAGGGCGCGGAGCCGGGGACCCGCUGGGCGCGCUGCAGGCUGCUCCCCGAGCACCGCGUCCCGGGGCCACGCGCCUGGCCCAACGUGCUCACCCCGGACCGCAUCCCGCAGUUCUGCAUCCCGCCGCGGCUGGCGCACCCGGGGGGCACUGAGCGCCCUGCCGUGCGCAGCGUCCCCGUGGCGUGCUCGCUGCCGCACCUGGCGGGUCGCGAGGGCUGGGCCUUCCUGCCCGAGAGCCCGCACACACGCCGCCGCGAGUCCCUGUUCCAUGCGCCGCCGCCCGGCCUGGCUGCGGGGCUGCCCCCGGCGCCGGAUCGGUUGUACGUCUCGGCCCCAGACCUGCGCCUCUGCCGCGUCCCCGACAGCGACACGACCUCGUCGUCCGACUCGUCGCCCUUCGGCUCCCCACAGCCCGGCCCGGGCGCGGUCGCGGGCUCGAUCCCAGCCCGGCGCCGGCCGCACGCGCGGGCCCUGGAGGGGGCCCACUCCGCAGUCGCCAGCCCGUUCGCGCCGCGCCGCCACGGGGCGCCCUCGCCGCCGCUCUUCCACCUCGACUUCCUGUGCCGCCAGCUGCGGCCGGCCAAGGAGAGCGUGCUGCGCCUCGGGCCGCGCGGCGGGCAGCUGCGCCUCUGCGCCGAAUUCCAGCUGGCGCCCGGGCGGCUCCGCCUGCGCCUGGUGAGCGCCGAGGGCCUGGCCCGGCCGCGGGCCGGCCCGGGGAGCGGCGGCGGCGGCUGCUGCGUGGUGCUGAGGCUGCAGCCCCGCAUCCGGCAGCGCGCACAGCGCAGCCGCGUGGUCAAGUGCAGCGCCAACCCCAUCUUCAACCAGGACUUCUUCUUCGACGGGCUGGGCUUGCCAGACCUGGCCGCCCGCAGCCUGAAGGCCAAGGUGCUGGAUAGGGGCGCCGGGCUGCGCAGGGAUGUGCUGCUGGGGGAGUGCGAGACGCCCCUCAUUGCCCUGUUGCCCCCGUUGAGUGCAGGGCUGGGUCCAGGACCCUCCCUGGCGCUGACGCAUCUCAGCCUGUAGCCUAAGACGACAGCUUCCUCCAGAGAUCGCCACUGUGCCCACCGUCCUCAUUCUCUUCAUCUGCCUGCCGUGUAUGUUUUGCUAAUAAAAUGCUAAAUCUC